AUGAAGAAUUAUACCUAUGGCAAUUUCUGUCCCGCUUCCAACCAAAAGGACGGAAUUAUGAAGUUCGAUCCCAUCUGUCCACCUGGAGUGCAAAAAAUCGAGUGUACCGUCUACGGUGAUGCGCAGUACGGCAUACCUGAGACAUCACAGGUUCUAGAGAUUAAUCUGAUUGCCUACGAUCCCGUACUUACGGACGAUGACAUUGUCAUCACACCGAUGCCCAUUCGGACCAUCCUCCUAAUCUGGCUUAUCUGGUUUUGCGUCCUCUUUUUCAACGCCCUUUUUAUGGGAUACCUCAUUAAUCAGAAUGCUCUCUACAGACUCACCCAGAUGCAGGUCAUGCACACAAGACGCACCGGUGGAACGAGAAUAAAUCGAAGAAUGGAAAAUCUGCCCUACGUUUACAUUCAAAGACGCUUAAUUGAUGGUCAGCUGUUCCGCCGUCUGCGUUUGAUUACUGAUCACUACAAGGGAUUUCUCGAGUUAGGUGACAAAUGGUUCUUACUUUGGACCAUGAAAGUAAGUUCAAAGGCCCUGAAAAUAAAUCUGUAUUUCUGCAUAAUUUGA